CCCCCAGGCGGUAGCGGCGGCGGCAGCGGUGGCGACAUGAGCAGCGGGGCGGCGACCGGGACGGGGCGGGGGCGGCCCCGGGGCGGGGGGCCUGGGCCCGGGGACCCCCCACCCAGCGAGACACACAAGCUGGUGGUCGUGGGCGGCGGCGGCGUGGGCAAGAGCGCGCUGACCAUCCAGUUCAUCCAGUCCUACUUUGUGUCUGACUACGAUCCCACCAUCGAGGAUUCCUACACCAAGAUCUGCACAGUGGAUGGCAUCCCAGCCCGGCUGGACAUCCUGGACACCGCAGGCCAGGAGGAGUUUGGUGCCAUGCGAGAGCAAUACAUGCGUGCUGGUCACGGCUUCCUGCUGGUAUAUGCCAUCAACGACAGACAGAGUUUCAACGAAGUAAGCAAGCUCUUCACGCAGAUCCUCCGUGUCAAGGAUCGGGACGAUUUUCCCAUCGUGUUGGUUGGGAACAAGGCGGACCUGGAGACCCAGCGUCAGGUGCCCCGAUCCGAAGCAUCCACCUUCAGCGCCUCCCACCACGUGGCCUACUUCGAGGCCUCCGCCAAGCUGCGCCUCAAUGUGGACGAAGCCUUUGAGCAGCUGGUGCGGGCUGUCCGACGAUACCAGGAACAAGAGCUGCCGCCCAGCCCACCCACCACUCCUCGCAAGAAGAAUGGGGGCUGCCCCUGUGUCCUCCUGUAG